AUGACGACAAAACCUUCUGACGCGCCUUGGGCGGACGAGCCGUUCAAGCUGAUCGCGACCCCGUCGAAGCGUCUAGAUGACCACCAUGCCUACGUGCACUGCGCGUCCGAGAUGACUCACUCGCACAACGUUAUCAUACGCGGGCUGAACGCGAUCAUCCAGCAAGCUCCCCAUGUACCUGAUUCAACAGACCCGAGUUACAACGCCCAGGACGUCAAUGACCUCCUCUUCUACACCCAGUCAUGGGCAAAGAUGCUCGCACAACACCAUUCUGUCGAGGAAACGUACAUAUUCCCGGACCUGAAGAAGCUCAGCGGGGACUCUUUCAUGAUGGACGACGCCCUGCACCAACAUGAGCUGUUCCACGAUGGGCUCGAGAAACUGUUGGCGUAUGUCUCGUCGACGGAACCAGGUGACUACCGCAGGGACGCGCCGGGUGGCAUGAAGGACAUCAUCGACUCGUUCAGCAAGGAUCUGACCGAUCAUCUGUACGCCGAGAUUGAUGAAAUCUUGGGCAUGGGGAACCUGGACAGCGCGGGAUUGAGGCAAGUUUGGGAUCAAGCUGAGAAGGUCGCCAAGGCAAAUGGUAACCUGGGGAUGCUAUACGACGUGUUCCCUUGCGUACUUGGAUGCGCGGAUAAGACGUGUGAAGGGGGGAAUACGUUUCCUCCCCUGCCGGGCGUCGUACUUUACGCGGUCAAGUACUGGUUUGCUUCCGGCAAUGGUGCUUGGAGGUUCAACCCGUGCGACUUGUGGGGUCAACCGCGGCCUUUGACUUUCGUUCCCCAGUAG